GUGCUGGGGAUGGGAGCACAAAGCAGCCGUGCCUUCUAUCCCCAUGCAGGGUAGGCAGAGCAUGUGGAACUUUUUGCAUGGGAUGUUGCAGGGUAUUGCCAUCUCUCAAUGUAAAACAGUUGCAGCUGUGAAGCUGAAGAGAGAGCAAGGUGGGGUGAGGAAGAAAGGGGUCUCAGGUGGGGCUGUUUUGGGGGCAGAUGGGUGUGGGUACAGAGGGAGGAGUGGGUGUCAGGCAGAGGCUGCAGCCUCUCGGCUGAGAUGGAUGGGAGCAGAGGAGCUGCAGCAGCAAUGGUGGCCGAGGAGCUUGACGCCUUCCACCCGGGACACUCUGUGCAGAGCCCUGACCAUGGCCUCCCGUCAUGUGGUGACAGUCCAGCCCGGCUUCUCUGUGUCCCCACAGUCCAGCACGUGGCACACAGGGCUGUUGGACUGCAUGUCUGACUGCAGCGUCUGCAUCUGUGGAGCCUUCUGUUAUCCCUGCUUGGGCUGCCAGGUGGCCAACGCUAUGGACGAGUUCUGCCUGUGUGGAGGCAGCGUGGCCAUGAGGACGCUGUACCGCACCCGCUACAACAUCCCGGGCUCCAUCCUGGGUGACUACUACUCGGUGAUGUGCUGCCCCAUGUGCGCUCUCUGCCAGCUGAAGAGAGACAUCGACUAUCGGAGAGAGCAGCGCACCUUCUGAUGCUGCUCCCCUGCCUGUGAAGUUGAUGCUGCCUUUUAGGACUGUUUGGUUUGGUUUGAUGUGUUGUUUUUUUUUUUCCCCACCGAUUCUUUUUUUUUUCCCCCUCUUCAGUAACGCAGUCAAUAAACAGCAGUGCUUGCCCUC